UAUUUUUGGUUAUUUCCACAAAUAUACCCCAGCAACUUAAGACUGGUUUUGUGGUCCUGGGUCACACAUAAGCUCUUUUAGGGUCAAUGCAGUCAAAAUAAAUGCUACCAAACAACUAUAAACUCUCAUCUGUCCUGUUUUUGUCCUCCCUUUCUUUGCAGUCGCAAUCACCAGGAUCCUCUUGCUGUGGCCUAUCACUUGAUCAUAGACAACCGCCGCAUUAUGAGUGAGGCCAAAGAUUUCUAUUUGGCCUCUAGCCCCCCGGACAGUUUCCUAGAUGACCUGCCUGCGCACCACACUACAAAGAUUCACCCUGAGAGAGUGCCAUUCCUGGUGACUGAGUCUCAGCCACGUUCUCGACACACGCUGGAUGAGCUUAACCCCCAAAAGUCCAAGCAUCUCGGUGUCCGGCGGGCCAAGUGGCACUUAGGAAUCCGUAGCCAGAGCAGACCGAAUGAUAUCAUGAGUGAGGUCUGUCGUGCUAUGAAGCAGUUGGACUAUGAGUGGAAGGUAGUUAAUCCUUAUUAUUUGCGAGUGCGGAGGAAGAACCCAGUCACUGGAAUACACACAAAGAUGAGCCUCCAGCUCUACCAGGUGGACAGCAGGACCUAUUUACUAGACUUCAGGAGCAUAGAUGAUGACAUGAUUGAAGUAAAAUCAGGGACCGCCACACCUCACCGCUCCGGCUCAGUCGGUAACUACCGGACUACCCUAAAGAACGAGAAAAACGAAUGUGAGGAUGCAGCAAAGGGUGACGCGUCGGCACCCUCAACGCCUCCAGUAUCCAGAGGGAAAGCGGCAGAAGGCUCUCUGGCUUCUUCUCUUACCUCCUCAGUGGAUUCCACAGGGGGAGAGAUCCUCCCCCGCCCUGGAAGUCACACCAUAGAGUUCUUUGAGAUGUGCGCCAACCUCAUCAAACUGCUAGCACGAUAACUUGUGGUUCCUCUGAUGCCUUCUCUCUCUCUCUCCUCUGUCUUCCCUCUCACACUCGCUUCUUUUCUCUUUCUUCUAGAAUACUGUCUACCUCUUGGUCCUCUGAUAUCUGUGUCAUCAUCCACAGCAGUCCUUCUAUCUCUGUUUUCAUUUUAAAGCUUGUCUUUAAAGCAAUAAGCAUGCAGACGGACUCAAGACUCCAUGCAUCCCACUCGCAUGAACAAGCUGAAUGGUCUGUGGCACUACAGUCACCAGGAUGAGCCAUUUAAGAAGAAUGAGAAAAGGUACAAGAAGGAAAAGGAUGGAGGGUUUUUGUGUGUGUGUACCACAGUUAAGAUGUCAGAAUGAUUGCGAAGCCACUUAAUGGUGUCUAAACUCUUUUAGAGAUGGCUUUACAAUUCUUUUCUGGGUUUUAUGGAAAGGAUUUCCUUGCAGAGAGUGAGGCGUAGAGGUGCAUUUAAAUGAGUUAUACACUGAGCUAGCUGUACUGUACACAAUGCUGUUGCAAUUCUUAACGGACCAAGAAAUGUAUAAAGAAAGCCCUUAUGAGGCAUGUGGGACGACAAGUAAGAUAGAAAGCGCUUUUGCACAGUUUUACCUGUAAGUUUUUGUGGACCAGUGUCCAAAUUGUUAUCCCAUUGAAGCGGCCUACUGGCAAGAGGAGGAGCCAUCUUAAAAAGCAGGGCCAAUUUAACAUGGUGGGCACUUUAACACAAAGGGACAACUUGAUACGUCAGCCUUUCUUAAGGAAGAGACCAAUAUGAAACCCGUUUAUCCUGAGGGAGUGCGAUGUCUUUGCCUCUGUUUCAUAGAUUUUUGUUUAUUUGUCACACUUUACCAUUUUUAUUUUCUAUUUGCUCACAUUUUACAUACAUUUGCGUAUAAAGAAUUUAAAUAUACAUUUGGAUUUAUAUUUAUCAGUGCUUUAAAUGAGGUUGUAGAUUGUAUUAAAAUUGUGAUAUUGGACUGAUGUUUUUUUUUUUUUAAAUAUUGGAUUAUAUUGCUGUAAAUUGUUUUAUUCCAUACACUGCUUUAUCAAAAACUUUUAUUUUUUACUAUUAAUUUAGUUAUUUUACAAAACAGUUGUUGCUUGGUAAAGCAAGAAAUCAAAUGUUUCUGUAUUCCCUCCACUUUUACAAAUUAAGUUUCUGUAGUCAGACAGGCCCAGUAUUAAAUCUGAAUUUAGUUUGUGCACACUGAUAGAUCUCCUGAGCAAAUCAUCUAGUCAUGUCUAAUUCCUGUGUUUGCAAAGCCAAUGUCAUAAUCACAAGAUCUGAAGAUAGGAGAGAGCUUCCUACUUGCAUGUGACUUAAUGUGCCUUUGUAUGAGACUGUGUAGUAAAUGAAAUCCUACAUACAUCCACAUAGAAAAGAACCACAAUUAAAUUAUUUUAUGUAGGAGCUUACUGACAGAAGUGAUCCUCUUCUUCAGAUCAGUUUUUCAAUUUAUGCUUCACAGGUGAAAAUGAAAACAAUAUGGGUUUUUAAUAGGUUGCUCUUGUUCAUUUGCCUGUCCAGAGCUCCAGCUAUGUUCAAAUUAAAUCCCAAAUUCAAUGCUAAAAAGCUCAAAUAAACAGUUUUAAAUUAAUAAAUGCAUUCUAUGGUUUGUAUGGCAUAGCUUAUUUACAUUUUAAAUCCUUAAUGUCUUAACUCACAUUUUAACGGCAUAAAAGAAAUAACUUUAUUAGUCCUGAUAAAUGCAGUAGUUUCAAAUUCUCAAAAAGAAAUGGAGAUUUAAGGCCAGUAAUUCUGAUUUGACCUUUUGGAAUUCUUUAGUCUUUGUUACAUGUUAAGGUUUAGUUUCCUAAAAAGGAUGAUGUUGAUUUUGUUCUAAACUGCACCCUAAUCUGCACCCUAAUUUCAGAGCUAAAACUUGACAAUCUAUGCUUUGCAAGUCAGUUCAAGACAAAUCCAGAGAAAUGUAGUUUUGCUCUGUCCCCAUUACCCUUUUUUUUCUUUUUCCCCCUCAUAGUUUAUUUCCCUGAGUAGUUCUCUAAUUCAAAUGUUAACUACUCUUUUGUCACUAAGGAAUCAUUUCAGUGUCUCCACAGGUUGCUUAUUCAGCCAUCGAAAACAAGUUUAGAAAAUGUUUAUGUUCUUCUCUUAACUAAAUUUAUGUUGAUUAUUUGGCAGAGAUGCACCUCGAGGCUUGCCAAUGUACAUUUACAGAUAAUUACCAAUAAUUUAGUUGAAAAGAUUAUUUGUAAAUACAACUGCCUAAUAAAAUGAUACAUGAAGACAUAA